AUGCAGCCAGACACGGCCAGACGCAGACAGACGCAGCCUGACGCAGCCAGACGCAGCCAAACACAGCCUGACGCAGCCAGACGCAGCCAGACGCAGCCAGACGCAGCCAGACGCAGCCUGACGCAGCCUGACACAUCCAGACACAUCCAGACACAGCCAGAAGCAGCCAGACGCAGCCAGAAGCAGCCAGACGCAGCCAGACGCAGCCAGACGCAGCCAGUCGCAGCCAGACGCAGCCAGACGCAGCCAGACACAGCCAGACGCAGCCAGACGCAGCCAGACGCACCCAGACACAGCCAGGCACAGACACCACGCCUCACGGCUGUCGAUGACCUGUGUGCACCGCGCGUGUGGCUGGGCAACAGGCACGCCAACAGGCACGCCAACAGGCACGCAGAGGGCCUGGCCAGGCUGCACCGCUGUCAGGCGGCAGGGACGCCCUAG